GAGUCCAACCCGCCCUCGACAGGUUUCAAUUAUUCCCUUCCGUGCUUUAACUCUGCUUUCCCCCCUUUAGACUGGGUGUGUUAUUUUUACUCUCCUGUGUGAAAGUCGCGAGGACAUAGACCACGAUGGAAUAAUAAUUCCCUGAGGAUCGCAGUGAACGUAAUAAGGAAAAAGCUGAACUGAGGGUGCGCGGCAGCAACAUCGAAACUGAAAGUGGUUUGAAUCCGGAAGUGGUGAGUGUGAACAUGGCUUCCAGAGAACAGGUCCAGAGUUUGAUCGAGGAGGCAAUUUGUUCCAUUUGUCUUGAUUUCUUCAUUGAUCCGGUUUCACAGGAUUGUGGACACAACUUCUGCCGCUCCUGUAUCACCCAGUGUUGGGAAAAGAAGCAGCUAAACUCCUGCCCGGAAUGUAGAGAGGAGUUUCCGGAAAGAAACCUCAGGGUAAAUCGAGCCUUAGCGAAUCUGGCCGAGAAAGCUCGAAAAUUAAAGCUGGAUCCGAAAGAGAAGGAAAGUAAACUUCACUGUGAGGAACAUCAGGAAGAACUGAAGCUGUUUUGUGAAACUGACAAGAAAUUGAUCUGUGUGAUUUGUAGAGAUUCGCGGAAACACAGAGAGCACCGCUUCCUGCCGAUUAAAGAAGCUGUUGAAAUCUACAAGGAUCAGCUGAAAUCUUCCUUGGAUUCUCUCACACAGAAGAAAUCGGCGGUUCUAGAAACGGAACAGAAACAGAAGCGGAAGAUUUCCGAAGUCAGGGAACAGUCGAGCAGUCUGCAGACCCACAUCACAUCCGAGUUCACUAAAAUGCACCAGAUUCUCACUGAGAAAGAGCAGCGACUACUCAGAGAUCUCAGGGAAGAAGAGGAGAGGAUUCUAGAAAUAAUGGAGAAAAACCUUCGAGAGAUUGAGGAGAAUUUAAAUUCUAUUGAGGAGAAGCUCUUAAAGUUGCAGAAAGAGAUGGAGCACAAGGACGAGUUGAUAUUUUUGAAGGAGGAAGCUUGUCGGAAGAGAAGGAUUAGUGAUGAGAUUAAGAAUUUCUCAGUAGCAGAUGCUGCAGCACUGUCUAUCGGAAAGUUCAAAGGACCAUUACAGUACACAGCAUGGAGGGAAAUGAUCAAUUCCAUUGACCCUGCUCCAGCCUCUCUGACUCUGGAUCUGAACACUGCGAAUUCCUGGCUCAUCCUGUCUGUGGACCGGACCAGUGUGAGACUCGGAGACGAACUGCAGCGGCUCCCUGACACCCCGGAGAGGUUUGAUCCUGGGGUCUGUGUCCUGGGAUCAGAGGGAUUCACAUCAGGGAGACAUUACUGGGAGGUGGAGGUGGGGGAGGAGACUGAGUGGUGGCUCGGAGUGGCCCGAGAGUCUGUGAACAGGAAAGAAUUAAUCUACCCGAUCCCCGAGUCCGGAUCCUGGGCUGUGUGGCUGGAUCCUGGAAUUGGUUAUUUUGCCGCCACCUCCCCCUCACCGACCUCACUCACUCCGAGUGUGAAUCUCCGGAAGAUCGGGGUUUUCCUGGACUAUGAGGGUGGACAGGUGUCAUUUUACAAUGCGGACAACAUGUCCCAUCUCCACACUUUCACCCACACUUUCACUGAGAGAAUCUUUCCCAUCUUCAAUCCGGGACCGAAUGACGACGGGAAUAACUCGGCCCCGCUGAGAAUCUGCGGGAUUCAAGGUCACUAACAGAUCCAUCCCAUAAUCUCACAGCGUCUCCCUGCCCCCUGCCAGCUGUAAGAUGAUGGGUGUCGCUCUCAGUCUCAGGUGGAGAGAGAAGCCAGGUUAACAUCCCGGCUGUAAACCCUGUCUGGGAACUGGGAACUGGAAGAUCAGCGAAGACCUCUGUAGGGCUGUGGGAAAGAAGGAGGGGGAGAGAAGAAACAAAUAGAAGCUCAAUUGUAGAGAGGAACUUACUGGGUAGAAUGAGCUGUGAACUGCAGGAACCCGGUGACCUUCCUGCCUGUAAUGUUGCUCCACAGGCGGAAGGUGGUGGGACAUCAGCUUGUUUGAGAUGAAUCAGUUCAGUGAUUCUCAAACUAGGGUCCAAGAAAUAAUUUCUCCAGAGGGUGGGAGAGAGAUAGAAGCACAAGAGGGAGAGGAAGUGAAGUGGGGGAAAUAACAAGCUCCCCGCUUUGUAUAAAUUCCCAGGAGUUAGUGUUAGUUCUGCAUGAACAGCUGUCAAGAUUUCCACCCCCAAACCUCCCGAAUUCUCUCCCUUCUUCACGGUGAUGGACAUUUCGGCUGUCAUGGUUUUCAGCGGUGAGCUCACAUUUCCUUUCGGUAGGAGGGGGAGGUGGAAGUCCAGCUGCUGCUGUGAUACUAGUCUGUCUUCAAUUUGGCUCAGACAGUGAGCAAGUGCCGUUAUCAUACUCUCUGGCCUGCUGAGUAUUUCUAUCAUUUUCUGUUUAUAUUAAUCUCUAAUUGGUUUGUUUCUUGUAAUCGCGAUAAAACUAUCAGUCUGACUUUCUUCAAACUCUCACCAUGUUUCAAUAAAACUGAGAAACUGGACUGGGUUUGUACAGGUCUGUAAAUAUUGCCUAGACUGUCAUAUCCAAGUGGGUACUCUGUAAUAAAAUUGGAGGGGUGUUUGUGGUUUGUUUUACAUUAAAAUGUGAACGUGCUUUGAGACUGUUUGAGCAUGUCAAUGAUGUGACUCUGCUGUGAAUACUAAUGUGAUAAUCUGUCUGUAUUGAACGUGAUGUGUGAACUGAUCGGGUAUGUAUGUCAUUAACAGGCAGUGUUAACCACGUGAAAAGUAGUUCAGUUGCUGCACUAGAAUGUUUGUCAUGGUCUUUCUCAUGAACUGAAGCUCCUCCGAGUGCAACAUGAUCAUUUGAAUAUCAUUGCAAUUUUUGCGAUGGUCAUUUUGAAAUGUUCUUUUAGAAGUUUUAGGAAUAAAGUAUAUUUUGCAAAAAAAAGUGGAGUCACAAUUAUAAUUUAUCUCUGGUUUGUCUGCUCUGCCUCAUGACUGUCCGUGUCAGUGAAAUAAUCCUUAAAUCACUAGUAUGUAUUUACCUAUUUUAUUAAAAACAUUAUUAAAGCUCUGUACAUGUAA